AUGUUUGAUGAUCCCGUCCUAGAUGUGCCUCACGUCAAGGCCGAAGACGAAAACGACACCAACCCUACCAUCAUUUCCCAAGAUGCCGAUGACGACAUCAACGAAGAAAUGCUCUCACGGCCACUGGAGCCGGGAACCAAAGCUGCUCGAUACCGCGGCCCGCCUCGAGGAGGCAAGAUGCUAUCAUUCCGUCCAGGAGUCUUCCGUAGAAGUCACCGACCUUCUCUAAAAUGCAACAGCAGAGAGCUUCAGCAGCAAGAAGAAGCUGAAAAUGGAGCUUUCACCAGAUGGCGCACAAACCCUGAUGAGAUCGAUGACUCCAGCGUUCCCGCUAUCCGACUCACCGAAGCCUCAGACUCGGCUCUGUCAUUCGAGGCCUUCCAUGCUACUUUCAUCGAGCCAAACAAGGAGACCAUUGAACAGAUACUGGUGGAGUACAACAAGAGCGUUCACAUCCUUGAUCAGCGCAACGACGUUGAGUUCUUUGAAAAGUACCAUGAACAGUACACCAGCGGAGGUCUUGACAAUUGUGAAAGACCUCGCAGCGAAUUCAACCUCCGACCUGACAAAUCGCUCGAUAUCCAUAUUGGCUUCCUGUCCUCGAAACAAGCAACCCACGACUGCAAAGCGCAGAAGUGCCCGCGCCUCUACGCCGCCUGCUUCAUCGCAUGGCACGGCCCAUCCUUCCGAUACUUCUUCACCAAAGCCGCAGAUACAGACGAAAACCCCAGCGACGUCUUCUUCUCGAUGCCCCGCAACGCGCGUAUCACUGUCAAGUUCUGGGAGGACCGGGUUCGAGACGUAGCGAGGGACACGAUGCGCGAGACGGUGCGAGAGAAUAACUGGAACUGGGCGGCUGUACUGGCUUCGGCGGUUCUCAAGAGAGGAUAUGCGCCGCCGGAGUAUGAUCUGGGAGGUUUUGUGAACUGGAAGGAGUUUGCGGAGAAGAAUUGUCUUGGCAGUCUCUUCUAUGGAGUUAUAUCGUCUGAUGAGUCUGAAGAGUCGUCCUCCCUGGGGGAUGAAUGA